AUUUCAUCAUCACUAACAGAAAUUACUACUACUUGCGUUCAAGUCCACAGCUCCUACAUACAGAUUUUGUUUUUGCAAACACGUUGGCCAAAAAGGCACUCGUGUUCAUGUGGGAAAGACAAUGCAAGGGAUAAUAUGUUCAUACCCAGCAAUGAGAACUCUCACAUGUGCAACUUCUACUUCUGCUGGAAAUGUCACUGAUGUUCUAGCCUUGAUAGCCAUCAAGUCCAAGAUUUCAAAUGAUCCUCAAGGGAUUUUAAAGUCCUGGAAUGAUUCUAUCCACUUUUGCUGGUGGGCAGGCAUCACUUGCAGUCAUAGAAGACACGGAGUCACCAUUUUGGAUUUAUCAUCCAGAGGCUUGGUGGGUUCUUUAUCUCCUCCCAUAGGGAACUUGAGCUUUCUUCGUGAAAUUAGACUUUCAAACAACAGAUUUCAUGGGGAUAUCCCACAUGAAAUUGGACGUCUAUGCAGAUUACAGCUGCUAAAUUUGAGUUACAAUUCCUUUGAAGGAAAGCUCCAAUCCAACUUGUCUUGUUCCAACAACCUCAGUAUCCUCCACAUUGAUGACAACAGGUUAAUAGGAAAACUUCCAGUGGAGCUUGCUCCCGUGUCCAAGCUUACAUAUCUUUCUAUUCGUGACAAUCAUUUCAUCGAAGGGAUCCCACCUUUCCUGGGGAAUCUUACAUCUUUAAUAUACUUCGCUGCACGUUCUAAUAACUUUGGAGGUAGGAUUCCAGAUGCCCUAGGUCGAUGCAGAAGCUUAAGAAAUCUUGGACUCGGAGGAAAUAACCUCCCGAAUUUAACAUUAUUGAUUGAGCUUUAUCUUGAUUACAACAAGUUAAACGGUAGUAUACCAUCGAGCUUUGGGAACUGCCAGAAUUUGAUUUUAUUGACCAUUAAUGACAAUGAACUUAGUGGUUCCAUACCCAAGGAACUUUUCAACAUUUAUUCUCUGUGUGUUUUACUCAACAUUUCUCACAAUCAUUUGGUUGGAUCAUUACCUUCAGAGGUUGGUAAAUUGACAAACUUAAAUACACUGGAUGUUUCUGAGAACAAUCUCUCUGGAGAAAUCCCGAGUAGCCUAAGUGGUUGCACCAGCCUUGAGAUCCUUAAUUUGGAGAAAAACCAAUUUCAAGGCAACAUUCCUCCAUUUUUAAGCUUUAUGAGAGGAAUUCGAGCUAUAGAUCUUUCUUGCAACAACUUGACUACUAAGAUCCCUCAAUACAUGGAAAAAUUUGCAUUAGAGUAUUUGAAUUUGUCUUUCAAUAAUUUGGAAGGAGAAGUUUCAACAAAAGGCAUCUUUGCAAAUGAAAGUAUAGUGUUUGUUGAACGAAACAAGAAACUUUGUGGGGGAAUCACUGAACUUGGGUUGCCUAGAUGCAACAUCAAACAAGGAGAGAAAGGAAAACUUUCACUGGUGGAGAUAAUAAAAAUAGUUGUUUCCGUUACAUGUGCAAUUGCAGGAGUAAUUGUUGUGUCCUUCUUCCUAUUUGGCUGGUAUAAAAGGAAAAACGAAGACCAGUCUUCUGGAUCUUUAUUGAGGGAGUCAUUUAGGCAACUUUCUAAUGAAGCUUUGCUCAAAGCAACCGAUGGGUUUUCUUCGUCAAAUGUAAUUGGAAAAGGGAGCUUUGGUUUUGUCUAUAAAGGAGUUCUUCAAGAAGAUGGAACUAAUGUUGCAAUCAAAGUACAUGAUCUUAAGCAUCGACGAGCUUCCAAGAGUUUCAACGCAGAGUGUCAAGCCUCAAGGAACAUUCGUGAUCGGAAUGUUGCAAGGCAUAGCCCAAAGUCUUACUCUUUUACAAGGAUAAGCAUUGCUAUUGACGUUGCUUCUGCUCUUGACUACCUUCAUCACUAUUGUUGGAAGCCAAUCGUUCAUUGUGAUAUAAAGCCGAGCAACAUUCUUCUUAACAACGACAUGACUGCUCGCGUCGGAGACUUUGGUCUUGCAAGAAUUAUUUCGGGGCCAAGAAAGCCAAAAGCGAGGAGGUCGGUUGGAGUAAGGAGAACAAUUGGGUACACCGCUCCAGAGUAUGGAAUGGGAAGUGAGGUUACAGUGCAGGGGGAUGUAUACAGUUAUGGAAUUCUAGUGUUGGAGAUGAUGACAGGAAAGAGACCAACAGACAGUCUCUUUGAAGGUGGCCUCAACCUUCAUAACUAUGCCAAAACGGCAUUACCUGAUCAGUCACCUCAAGAUCGGAUGACCACAAGUGCUGUUCUCAAUGAGCUGCAUCUGAUAAGGAACAAUCUUCUACGAAACCAAGCACACCGCUAGCAUAUCUCUAGGCUCUGGGUCUGAAUGUUAUUCAAUAUAUUCAGUUAUGAAAUAAGUAAAAGGUUUUUCUUUCUUUCUUUCUUUCUUUCUUUUUAUGGUUUGUUUGUGAGAGGCAAGGAAAGCUGAAAUGAAAAUUGCGUUAACUC